AUGCUACCGGAUUCCGUUGAAUCACCGAUCAAGGUUUCCACCUGGAGCAGUGAGUAUGAUUGCCUAAGUCUUCCACAUACCACUCCAGUGCAAACACAAACCUCCGCCGCAGAACUCGAAUAUGCUCCCAGUCCUUUUUCUCAAGAUUUGGUGGAGCUCCCAUCCCCUUCGUGUGUGCCAGACAGCCAGGAGAAGAGUCAAAAUCUAGAGGCCUACCCUUUCGACAAGUCAACUCUAGUGUCCACCUGUCGUGAUAUUGGUAAGUUGUUCGAGCUCGAAAUGGAAGGGGGGCAAGCGACGGUGGAAGAAAUGAUUGAGAACAAUGUAAAAGAUAUGCAUCAAAGGAAGAUUCGACAACCCAGAUCCAAACUUGAGAUGGAAAAACGGAGAUUGGGUCCUAUAUCCUUUCAAGUGUCUGGAGCAUGA